AGAUUUAGUGAGUUGAAAAAAGCAGAUCCUGGCACGUUUGCGUGUCAUUUUAACUCUGAUAAAGCAAAAUUUUUUUUUACAAUUAAUGACAAUCAUCACCUUAUGAGUUAGUCGUAUAAUUAUGUAGCAAGAAUGGUGAAAAGUGUAGUUUUUGACAUGAAUGGAUCUAUAUAUCAUGAACGUCAGGUUAAAGAGCUCUGCGCUUUACACGCCUUGAACAAUCUAUUCCAAGAGCACGGAUUUACCAAACAGGAAUUAGACCAAAUAUGUUAUAGCCUGAGUCCCGACGUUUGGAUAAAUCCGCACAAAUCUUUACUGGGACUUGGAAAUUAUGAUAUCAACGUUAUCAUGGCUGCUUUACAAAGGAAAGGUCACGAGGCUGUGUGGUUUGAUAAACGCAGAGAUCCAAAAUGUCUUUGUCUCGAGAACAUUGAAGGAUUUAUAUUGAACGUACCCACCGAGUAUAAGCUAGGAUUUGUUUUGCUACCUUUAAAAAGACGGCACUGGGUCGCCUUGUGUAAAAUAAGUGGUACUUUUUACAAUCUUGAUUCUAAACUUGAGACGCCGCAACUCAUCGGAAAGGACAAUGAAUUAAUAGCAUACUUAAAGGAGCAGAUCGAUAGCAAGGAAAAGGAAUUGUUUCUUGUCGUAUCAAGAGAAGUAGACAGCAAGCAAGGAUGGCUUAUGGAUCCGUAUCUUCCAUCAAAGGUACAAAGCGAUACCGAUCAAGACUCAAUUCAAUACAUCGAAGACAGCUUGCCUUCAGAUAUUGAUUUGCAGGACAAUGCAACUGAUAAACGGGACUGCCAAAGUUGAUAAAAUGUGAAAUUUAUUAUCACACACUUAUCGACUACUGGUUUCUUUUAAAUAGUUUUUUGUCUAUCUUUCGAUUGGCUUUUUUCUUGCUUCGAGAUAUACACUUCAGAGGCUCAUAAGAUGAAUAAUUAUAUCAAUAGAAUAACAUUUGUACAGAUCACCCAAAGAUUCAAAUAAUGAAAGUGAUUGAAGAAUGUUUUUGUAAUGUUUGAGAAAGGUGUUGU